AUGCCCAGCUCGACACCACCAUCAAGCCGGGCCCAGUCUGGCUUUCGCAACCUCCCAAAUCCAUACGCCCUCUUCGCCCCACGCCUCGUCUUCACUACCCUCGCACCCAAGGAUGCUGCGCUGGGACCAUACGCCCACCCAACAACGGGCAAACCCAUGCACCUCUUCUCCCUCGACCACGACCUAUACUACACACCGUUCAAGAACGACUAUGGGCCACUCAACCUCGCGUACACAUUCGAUGCCUGCGUCAAGAUCUUUGACCGCCUCAAUAUCAAGGACCACAAGCGCAAGGCCCUGUGCUUGUACACGUCACCAGAGCCUGAACAGAAGUCGAACCUCGCAGUGAUCGCCGCGUUGUACAGUCUUAUCGUCGAGCACAACGACCCAUGGGACGCAUUCCAGCCCAUCGCACACUUUGAGCUCCUGCCGUUCCGCGACGCAGGCAACGGCAUUAACGAAUUCGGCCUAACCGCGCAGGAUGUGCUGUACGGCAUGUGGAAGGCGGGCAAGCACAACCUUCUCAGACUCCAGGACUUUGAUGCCGACGAGUACCGGUACUAUGAGAAGGUGGAGAAUGGCGACCUCAACACACUCGGGAACUUUGUCGCCUUUGCCUCUCCCAUGGACCCCAUGUACAUCAAGGAGCGAACGCCGCCAGGCGAGGCCGCACCGGACUACACAUCCGCGCAGAAGAAAAUGCUCCGCGGAGCUUUUGACAAGGUCCAGGCCAAGUUCGCACAGGAGAACGUGGGCCUGGUUGUCCGCCUCAACGACGAGCUCUACAAUCGCCACCACUUUGUCCAGGACGGCAUCGAGCACGUCGACAUGUACUUUGACGACGGAACGAACCCGACGGACGACAUCGUUAGAGAGUUUAUCCAGCUUGCAGACGAGACGUUCGCCAAGGGCAAGAAGGUGGCCGUGCACUGCAAGGCUGGUCUUGGCCGCACCGGCGUGCUCAUUGGCGCCUACUUUAUCUACAAGUUCCAGUUCACGGCGUCCGAAGCGAUCGGGUUCAUGCGCGUCGUUCGUCCGGGCAUGGUUGUCGGUCCGCAACAGCGCUACAUGCAGCUCAACCAGAUGAAGUGGGCGGGAUGGGCUGCAACUGGCGCCAUCAAGCGUACUGAGGCGGCCGAGUCACUCCCUUCGCCGCCGACAGAGCGCAACGUGCUCGUAGACAUCGACCAGGUGAACGACCCAAUGGAACACCUCGCAACGCCGACCCGUGGCAGCUCUCAAUGCUCCAAGGCUGGCGACGCCGUGGGUCAGCCGCGCAAGGGCCUCAAUGCCGUUGACGUACCCGAGGACAUUGACGACGAAGAUAUUAUCUCGGCCGCGUUACGUGAGGUCAAGUCGGAUGCGCCCUCGCCCCCCAACCACAGCGACAGCAUCCGCGGCGUAAAGCGUGGUUCCGGACGGGCACCCGUGCCACAGGUUACCAACUUGACUCCUAGAACGUCGGAGAGCACCCCCCGUCUCAUACGCUCCAGCUCGAACGCGAGCUGCAGCUCGAGCGCGUCCGAGCUCGACCAGCGGGCAACCAAGCGCCGUGCGGACGCACCCCUUCCUAAAUCCGGCUUAAGUUCGCCGCCUCCGAGCCGGGACGUGACCCCUUCCGCCGAGGAGCUCCUUUCGUCCUCCUUUCCGUUCAUCGAGGAGGGGGAGAAGGGCCCGAGCACACCGCCCCGCAACACCGUGCCUUUGGCAGGCCAAGCGCCGCCCACACCGUCGACUGCGACGCAGCGUCCCAGAAGCCUGAUACCUCGUCUGGGUUCGUCGCAGCUCGCGCAGGCAACCCCGUCAUCGUCGAGGUCACAGUCGUCGUCGAGCUCUAGCGACGAGCCUGAGGCCGGCCCGAACAGCUCACGGAGCAAACUCCCAACGCGCCGGCUGGUCAACACGACUCGGGGCUGGAACCCACUGUCGCGCAUGGGCAUUGCCCCAGAGUAG